AUUCCAUCUACCACCUGAUCGCAGCCCUAUAAAUCCAAGAACGGAUCAACAGACUUCAGAAAUUCAGAACCUUGCAUCGGAGAGGCUGGGAGCUGUCCAGAUAUUUUUGGUCGAGGGAGAUUUUUGUUGUUUGAUUUAUUUUCUUUGGGUGUUCAAAAAUCAAGUCCUGUAAGCUUCUGCAUUACAACAGAUUGCGGGUAAAACGUGCAGAAAACGGGAAGCUCUACUGUUCUGAAGUAGCAAUUCUAUAAAUAGAUUUUUUAUGUUUGUUUGUUUAAUGCACAGUAGUUGUAAUGUGUUGCAGUAGCAACUCGAGGAAUCAAACGAGAGCACCUUCAAAGCUGGAAGCUGUCCGGUGCUGAAUUACAUCGAUUGAGCGUCACGAAUAAAGGAGCUAUCCAGUGCUGAAGUUGCAUUUCUUUACAACGGAAAGCGGCGUUGCAGCACAGCAGCCCGUCACAGCAGUACUAGAGAGCUGGUUUAUAUAUCCUGAUCUGACACUGGAAUUUCAUCGCUGCACGGCCGCAGAGCUGUAAAAUAGUCUGCAUCAACGCUGCGAGAACAGAGACAAUCAGUGCUGAACGAGCAUUUUUCUUUUUUUUUUCUUGUUCUCUUUUUUUGCAGCACAAAAAAAAAACAACAACAAAAAAACAAACAAACAAAAAAAACAUGCCAAGGUCUUUCCUGGUUAAAAAGGUCAAGCUUGAUGAUUUUUCAUCUGCUGAUCUCGAACGCUCCUAUGGUAAAUCAAGAACGGAUAUUAGCGUAAGACUACACGACAAAGGAUACAUCAGUGACUACAUCACCCCAUCUGUCUACGAUGGAGAAAACGACAGUGCAAUUAAAGUGCCCUCUCCUGAACCCAUCUACAGCGGUGUGCAUGGAGAUUACAGAGCCCCGGAUUCAGACCAGCCAGACAGCCCCCAGUCGGAGAUCACAUCUGGUUACAUCAAUGGAGACAAUGCCGUGAGUGAAGGUUACACAGUAGAUGCCUUCUUCAUCACGGAUGGAAGGUCGAGGAGGAAAGUCAUCAGCAGCCCCAGGACCAUCCAGCGCCAUACUUGCAACGAGUGUGGAAAGACCUACGCCACGUCUUCCAACUUGAGCCGGCACAAGCAGACCCACCGCAGCAUGGACAGCAAGAUGGCCAAGAAGUGCCACACCUGCGGGAAGGUCUAUGUGUCCAUGCCAGCCAUGGCCAUGCACUUGCUGACCCAUGACCUCAAGCACAAGUGUGACAUCUGUGGCAAAGCCUUCAGCAGACCGUGGCUGCUGCAGGGUCACAUGAGGUCCCACACAGGUGAGAAGCCAUUUGGAUGUGCCCACUGCGGGAAGGCGUUCGCUGACCGCUCCAACCUCCGCGCCCACAUGCAGACUCACUCUGCUUUCAAGCACUACAAAUGCAAGAGAUGCAACAAAACAUUUGCCCUCAAGUCCUACCUAAACAAGCACUACGAGUCCGCCUGUUUUAAGGGCGCAUUCUCGCCUUUGAGUCCACUCGAAGAUUGACUUCCAUAUUUAAGAACUUCUUCUUCUUUGACCUGAUAAUAGCACGUGUCUUCUCUAUUUCUUCUUCUUCUUUGUCUUCUAUGACCUGAUAAUAGCACAUGUCUUCUCUAUUUCUUCUUCUUCUUUGUCUUCUUUGACCUGAUAAUAGCACAUGUCUUCUCUAUUUCUUCUACAAUAAUGGAAUGAAGAGAAAAAACCUCCUUGGAUUUCUACGCAUGUACUUUAGUUUUUUUUCCCCUAAAAACUUUAGAACCUAAAAUAUCAUGUCGUUUUGCUGAAACUCAGUGAAGACAUUAAAAUGUCUCUUAUUUGUCACAAAGGUCAAACCUUUUAUGAUUGGAUGAUAUUGUACUGCUGCCAGUGACCACAAAAGGGUUAACCUUCGAGGUAAAACAUUAUUAUUAUUAUUAUUAUUAUUAUUAUUAUUAUUAUUAUUAUUAUUAUUAUUAUUAUUAUUUUAAGUAUUUAUUAUAAUAAUGCAUUUUUUGUAACUUUUAUUACUGAACUCUGUAAACUUUUAAUUUGCACUUUAAUGUUAUUUUGCCAAUCCUUCUUCAUUAAUAUGCCAAAGCAUUUGCCACUUUCUGAAUAAUAUUUUUUGAACCUUUAUGUUGGUACCUUUUUGACGUUAUUGCAUGCAAAAAAGUAUUACAUCUAUGCCAAUUUUACAAAGCUUUUGAUUUUGCCAAAAUCUAGAUAGUAUCUGAGGGCAAUAUUUCGUAUAGGAAUCUCAUAAAGAACUAUAAAAGCAAUAAUGACAUAAUGCAUGGUAUUUUAUAAAUACAAAAAAAGUAUAACAGUUCAAAUAAAUCAGGUAUGGUUUAAUCCAGUAUUCGUAUUAGUCAUACAGAGAACCAAUAUCAGGGAAAAUGCCAAUGUAGUAUAAUAGGAUACAUGAUUAAAAGCCCUUCCUUUCGUCUAUGGUAUGCACUGCCUGCCUCUAAUCUAAUGUAGUUUUAGGAUGUAGGUUUAUGGUGCUGCUUGGUCAGCUCCAAGCAGUUCAGAUCAUUUCUGCAAACCUGCGGAACAUCCACCCAGGCAAAAAGGUUGGCACCUCCCAUCAUUUCACCCAAUAAGGAGAGGUAGGGCUAGAAUACUGCGUCCAUGCAAACCCGAUCCGAGACUAUUUGCACUGUAUUCAGACAUAAACAGCACAAGUUGCCCAAGAGCAAAAGAUGCCUUGUUUUUAGCCACGUGGAGGUCCCACAGUUUAAGUAGCACAACAAUCUUAUAGAAUCAGGUAGAAGGAACUUGUACUAGCUAGACCUCUGUUUUUGUACUUAGAAAAAAAGGAACAACUGUUUAUUGCAAGAAGCCUUGUAAAUAAUACUUUGGAACUUAACAAGAUUUUUACAACUGUAAAGAAUCUAAUAACGUUAUUUCUGGAGAUUUUUUCCUGGGAUUUUUCGAGCCAGUAUUUGAAUGAUCUAAGCACAAUGACACCAGGCAUUUUGUCGCACUUCAUAAUAAAGAAUUUUUAAAAAGUUAUCUGUGUUUUAUUUAUU